GCCGUUAAAACAUUUCGUCGUGUCCAGUCUUCUCUCUCGCUCCCUCUCUUGAUCUCUCUCCUUUCCGUAAUUUUACUUUCAUUAUAUUUCCCAUCUUUGGAAAAUUCUGCGAGAAUUUGUGAUCGGAGAAUCGUCGCCGGGGUAAGCGAUGGAAGCUCACGGCGCCGGAAUCUGGCGAGUGCUGGUCUUAGCAUUUUGCGUCGCUGGAAUUUGGGCUGCCUACAUCUAUCAAGGUGUUCUCCAAGAGACUCUGUCAACAAAGCGAUUUGGCCCAGACGGGAAGAGGUUUGAGCACCUUGCGUUCCUGAACUUGGCACAGAAUGUAGUCUGUUUAAUAUGGUCGUAUAUAAUGAUAAAGAUGUGGUCAAGAAGCAGUGGAGGUGGUGCGCCCUGGUGGACAUUUUGGAGUGCAGGCAUUACAAAUACAAUCGGUCCAGCCAUGGGUAUUGAAGCAUUGAAGUAUAUUAGUUACCCAGCCCAGGUCCUGGCAAAGUCAUCGAAGAUGAUUCCAGUCAUGUUGAUGGGCACCCUCGUUUAUGGUAUUCGGUACACUAUUCCAGAAUAUGUCUGUACUUUCCUUGUUGCUGGGGGGGUAUCCACAUUUGCACUUAUGAAGACUAGCUCAAAAACAAUUAGCAAGCUAGCACAUCCGAAUGCACCCCUUGGUUAUGGGCUUUGUUUUCUGAACCUUGCUUUUGAUGGCUUUACAAAUGCUACUCAGGACUCUAUAACUGCAAGGUAUCCUAAGACAAGUGCAUGGGAUAUAAUGCUAGGAAUGAACUUAUGGGGUACCAUAUACAAUAUGAUCUACAUGUUUGGCUGGCCACAUGGUAGUGGAUUUGAGGCAGUCCAGUUCUGCAAGCAACAUCCGGAGGCAGCGUGGGAUAUCUUCCUAUAUUGCCUCUGCGGUGCAGUGGGCCAGAAUUUCAUCUUUCUGACUAUUAGUCGAUUCGGCUCUCUUGCUAACACCACCAUCACCACUACUCGCAAAUUUGUCAGCAUUGUGGUUUCCUCGUUGCUCAGUGGCAAUCCUCUGUCAGCAAAGCAGUGGGGAUGUGUGGCCAUGGUCUUCUCUGGGUUAUCAUACCAGAUCUUCCUCAAAUGGAGGAAACUGCAGAGGUUGCAGCAGCAGAAGAAAAAAAAGACCUAAAGUACGAGGCUUCUGACAGAAAACCUCACUAUAUAGUUAUUUUCUCCCUCUGUUUCUCCAUCCUUCUUGUUUUAUUAUCAUCUGAGCCAUAAGGCUUCCUGUUUCCAACUUUAGGAAUACUUAGAAACUGGUAAAUGUAAUUGAAUAGAUCCUUAAAUUGAGUAGUAAAUUUUGAGUAUAACGAGAGCAUUUUCUUGGCUUGUGCUUUU